GCACACCUGUACCAGUGCAGCCCCAAACCUCUACAGAAGAUGCUUUUACACACAAAGAGCAAUUGACUGGUAAAAACGCUGAGGACUUCAUUAAUGAACCAAAGGAGACCACAGCUGAGGAGCAGCUAAAGACCUCACCACAAAGCCAAGAAGAAACUGUGAUUGUGCUUGAACUGGUUCCUGUUCCUCCUCCUCCUAUUGUUCCAUCCUCAUCAGCUUUCCAGACGAAAAGGGCCCGAAGCCCCUCUCCAGCUGCCUCUCCCAUAGACCAGCCAGAUCAGGAGUCAUCUCAAUCACCUGCUGCUAAUGCCAUCUCAUCAACUCAGGGUGGCCUAUGUGACACUGACAGUAAGAAGAGAAAGCCUUUCCAGACGAAAAGGGCCCGAAGCCCCUCUCCAGCUGCCUCUCCCAUAGACCAGCCAGAUCAGGAGUCAUCUCAAUCACCUGCUGCUAAUGCCAUCUCAUCAACUCAGGGUGGCCUAUGUGACACUGACAGUAAGAAGAGAAAGC